UGAAGCUGACUGCACUAGCGGCGUUGUGCAGCUACGAGACCGGCCACAAGAAGACACAGUACUUUAUGAUACAUUCUGAAUUAUAAAUACGGAUUUUGUGGGUUAUCAUAAAAAAACUACUGGCAUUUAAUCGUGUCCUAUCUGUGUCAAUGUCUCUUAGCCUACUUGCCCAGCAGACGACAUGUUUUCAGUGAGGCCAAGUUCGCUUCCCAGAUCCAGAUAACCAGCGGAGAUCAGGCCUGGAAGAUAGAACCAGCACAGACCCAUAGAGAGGGAGGUCAGAGCCAGGACAGAGCCCAGAAGGAAGGAGGAGAAAGGUCAAAAAGAGGGAGUCUGGACGGUCGGACGAGGGGAAGAAGAGAUCCAGGGAUUAGGGGCUAAUCCAGGCCACAACCAAUCCCCAAAGAAGUCCCCCCUUUUUGCUUCUGAAAACACAGACAGCCGCCCGGAUUACUACAUUAAACGUAUUACCUUUUAGAGACUUAACAUAACAGGGUUUGGUUUCAGCCCUGCUCAGAUGCCUGGAUAUGCGUACCUCUGAAAACAAAUGACCAGAAGGAGAGGAGGAGGAGGACAGGGCAGGGGGCAGAUGCUGGGACAUAUAGGAGACGUAUAGGAGACAUAUAGGAGACGUAUAGGAGACGUAUAAGAGACAUAUAGGAGAUGUAUAGGAGACGUAUAGGAGACAUAUAGGAGCGUGCCUUAUAGACGGGUGGGGAUAAACCUCUGCGCUACAGCUGUGUCUGCAGGAGUCAGACCAAAGGUCAACUAAGUGGCCCUCAAUCUCUCUCUUUCCAAGCCCCUUCGAGUCUGGUAAGGACAGACUCGACCCCCACUGAGCGUGGGCCAAAGAUCCUCCGACUGAAACAGGAUUACAGUAGAGCAGAGCUCCAGGCCCUUCUGUUAGUAAAGUAUGAUGGGGUCAAGAUACCUCUCCUCCUCUUGAAAUACAUGAUUGAAACUGAGGAGUGUCUGCUUCACAUUCACACACAGGCUGAGAAGGGCAUGAUUGCUUUUGCCUCUGCGGCUCACAGUCACACAGGAGAGUUAGUAAGAGAUGUUGAGGUAGUGGCGUGAACUCUGACUGUAUGAAGUCUGGUUAUGACUGUCUGGUUAGUGCUCUCUAGAGGUUCAACAUCACACCUAAUAGAAGUCUGGUGAGUAAACCCCUGGUACUGCUCUUGCUCCUCUGGUCUGUGGUGUGAGGUGUGCUUCCUCCCUCUGCGGCUCCCAGCUGCCCCUCUUAAAACGCCAGCAAGUCGAGACCUAGAGAGAACCUGGGACUGUAGUUAGGAGCAAAUUGAAAGUCUGCUUUAACCGUGACACAAUUCCAUUCAGAAGUCUGUUCCAAGUCAUUAAUAAAGCCAGGCUAUUGCGCGUGGGAGGGCCUCUGCAGUGGAAAGCACUUAAAAGAACCAGAAGACCUUGUCAGUGUACUCUACACUAUCAAAAUAUUUCGGAAAGCGAUAUCCAUUACUCCACUGGUUAAAGAUAACACAGGAAAAUGAUUUGCCCGUCUCCUGCCAGCGUUGACCCACUGGUGUAUUUUGUGCAAUUAAAGUCAGAUAAGUGAUUUUCUUUGCUGACUUUUGUCAGUAUUUUGUGCACUUUUGGCCCUGCGUUUUUAUCUGGUGGAACAAACUUUGCAUGUUUGUAUACGAGGUUUCUGCUGCUGGUGAAAUCAGUUUGAAGUGCUGAAUGAGGGUCCCUACCCUGCUCUUAAAGACGGAUAAAACAAGUAUUUCAGUGAAAUAUGACGUGAUAUGAUUAAUUAGCCCUCACGUUGUAGCAAGACACAGGACGAGAGAGAAACAAAAUACCCUGAAACUCCCAGAAAAACCAGGCUGACGUUUAAUUUGUUCACGAGAGCAGCGACAGGAGAGUUACUGUGGUCUAAAUUUAGAAAGUUCCAGAACAAUGGACUUUGGAACCCGGAACUUUGAUGUCUAACAGAAGGGCAGGGUCUGUAGAAAAAGCUGAUCCAGUUACUCUCUAACUGAAUGUUCCAGUUAGUGAAGUGUUCUGCCAGACCCCUACCUGGUUCUAUGUCAAUACACCAAAUCAAUCUCUAGCAAAGAAAGUCCCCUCAGAAUACCUAGACUGUUGUUAUAGCUGAAUCUGAGCCUCUCCUAGAUGGAGAAUCAAAUACAUUUUUUGUGCUUCAUUUUAAUAAAUGGUUCCAGUGUACAACCGCAGGAGGGAUAUUUGCAGCUGGUACUGGGCUUCUUCCUGAGCUGAUGUUUUAUAAACCCAAAGCCCAAAAGAACUGUCGAGCCCAGCGUCUCUGACCACACUCAAACUGGAGGCGGAUUCCAGGAACUGAACGGCAUACUUUUCUCCUCCAUUUCUCUCCACUUAAUCCAGCUGGAUAUGGAUGACAACAAACAGCAGCAAAUGGGACUGAAAUUGCAAACAGCACAUGAUAACAAGAUAAUACAAUAGAUUUCUCCAUUACUGAGGUUGACCCUACAAAACCUGAUGUUGAAAUUCUAUUCAAAACCUAAACGAUCACGAUCAUUACUUUUGAGACACACAAUCCCCCUGGGAGUAUUUCUAAAGCAACUCUCCAGUAACAGUUUCUCUAAAGAUAUUUGAAACUAAAUUUUCAUCCCAUUUUUUAGAGGACUUAAAGGGAUUUUUGUCAUUUUUAGAAGACCGUACCCUUGGCCAUCACCAUGAACCUGGGGAAGAUCCCUGGGCUGAAGGGCCUGGUGGCCGGCUCUCAGGGGAAACGUCGUUUCAAAGGUGACCUCACCCUGGACAUGAUCAGUCCGCCGCUGGGGGACUUCCAACAUACCAUGCACGUGGGCCGCGGAGGGGACGUGUUCGGGGACACCUCGUUCCUCAGCAACCAUGGGGGGGCCACCAACGGAAACGGGGAUGCUGAUUCUGUCACAAGCCCUGACAACAAGAUUGGGGCGUUCUUCUCUCGGACCCUCCGGCGUGUUCGGAAGACACCAGAGCGUCCCAGGGGAGGAUCCAAGGACCUGUCCCCGCCACCCCCUCCCAUAUCCCCCAUUAUCAAGAAUGCAGUGUCCCUCCCCCGACUGGAUGUGGACUCACCAAACGGCUGCCCUGCUAAAAACCUCUUCCCCGCCUCUCCUACCUCCCUGGAGGAGACCACUUAUGGUUAUGGUUUGGAGUCAGGUUUCGCCACUCUGCCCCGCCUCUCCCGUUCAGCAGAGCGUCAGUCGCAACAGGGAGGAUCUAUUUCCUGUACCCCCAAUGCCCACGGCUGCUCGCUCACCGAUGUCUCCGCCCUCCUGAAGUCCUCCGCAUACCCCACCCUGACUUCUGACCCCGGUCACAUGACAAAGUAUGAGUCCCUGACCUCCAUGGCCUCCUUCACCUUUGACCUGGGGCCCUCCCUCAUGAGCGAGGUGUUCGGUUUGAUUGACAGCCCUAACGGCCACCUAGAGCCCAGCCAUGCCUGGGUGGCAGAGGAGCCAAGCGGUUCUGCAUUUGUGUUUGUGACCAAUGAAGGCUCGGAGAUGGACUCGGAAAUGGAUGCCACCACUGCCUCAUUGGUGGAUUCUCUGCUUCGAGAAGACUGUAGCAGCAGGAAGAGUCCAUAUGGGAUGGAGUGGGAAGAGGAGGAAGAGGAGGCUAGGAGAAUGGAGAUGAAUGGAGGUGGGCAGCAUCUUAAAGGGGCGGUGCCUGAUUUAGUGAUGGGCUCCCCAUCUAGACAGAGGCCUGCUAUGGAGAGUGAGAGGUUCCAGGGUGCCACUGAUGUGCUGGGGGUGCUCUACGGAGUUGGAGGGACCCUGAAGGGGCAGCAGAGGAUGGAUCUGGAGGGAGAGGUGACCAUGGGCCAGACCAUGAAGAAAACACCUUACAUCUGCAUUACCCCUGAUGAGGAGGAGGAAAUCAAAGUCUGAACAGAACCGACAGACUAAAUGGACAACAAUUAUUUUAACCAGUAGUACCUACUACAGAUGGGAUUGGGAUUAUUGCUUAAUUCCUUGUAAAUACUUUUGUUUUAAGAAAAAACAUUUUUUCCAUCAAUGAGGAUAGCUUUUUGAGCUGAGUCACCCUUGAACCCUUCUUCAUCAUAUUCUAAUAUUCAUUGGAGAAAUUGAAUUUUAUAAGUCGUCAGAAGACGACUUGUUGAAAGAUUAUGGAGGCUGACAGUUCCCCAAGCGAACAUACUGUAUGGAAGGAGCUUGAACAGGCUAAUAAUAGCUUUUAAAAGAGGUCACUGGAACCAGUAGCGAACAAAGAGAUGGGGUAGAAAGUGUCAGAGUGUACCAGAGAAAGUGGUCGUUGGACACAGAGGAGUUACCAUGGAAACACUAAAGAUGUUGCUCAACAGUGUGUAAGUCUGUUAACAGCUGGUUAUAUAUAGUCAGUUUGGACUUCCUGAGCAAAAUGCUCAAUGUGUGACUUCAUAGAACUAUUCAAGGCAACAGGCAGGACACAAAGAUGAAGCAGUAGCCAUUUCUAGCCAUUCAAACACUACACCAAGAGAGAGAUCUUAAGUCUUAGAACAUAACGUUAACUACAGGAAAACAAUCAUAUUUUGACUGGUGCUUACACUUUUUAUUGGUCUACAGAUACAGUGUGAAGCACAAACCCUGAGAAAUGUACUCAGAAGUUAAAUAGAAUAAGGUAAUUUUGUACAAUGUUGUAGUAUAAGUAUAAUGUUUGGACAGUAUGUUUGUUAAUUCACAUAUUAACAUCAUACUCCAUUUCGAAAUGUUUCUCAAAUUCAUUAUGGGUCUAACUCAUAUUGCUUUUUGAAUUGAUAGUCACCUGCUUGUCUACUAUUCUGUCAACUAAUGGUUGAAUCCUCUUUUUAAAGCAGUGUCUUAUAUCCAUAUAACUGUGCUGCUGUUGACACCAAUGAUAUUUCUAUAAUGAUAAUAAUAAAUGCAAUAAAAUGUUUUUAAUUAGCAUUAAUACUUUAUUUACAUAUCUGAAAACAUACUGUACUACAAAACAGCUCUAAAUAAAUCACAACACAUCAUGCAUAUACAGAGGCUUCAAAGACUACUCACAUCCCUCGUAUUCCAGACACAACAAUCUCACCCAUCUACAUCUACACCAUAAGGACAAAGUGAAAAUAUGAUUUUAGAAAUGUUUGCAAAUGUAUUGAGAAUGAAAUACAGAAAUAUUGAAUUUA